AUGGCUGAAUGGGAUCUGACCACACGUUUGGGCAAAUAUCUGGACAAACAUCUAGUCUUCCCGCUCCUCGAGUUCUUGUCCGUCAAAGAGGUGAGACAUGACUACCAACUGAUCCACUCAGUGGUGAUAUACGAGGAGAAUGAGAUCUUGGAGGGAAAGCUGGAGCUGUUGUCCAACACAAAUAUGGUGGACUUCGCGCUCGACGUGUAUAAGCGGCUCCACGAGGACGUCGAGCCGCCGCAGCACUUGUUUGACAAACGCCAGGACGUGGUGUCGCAGAUGAAGCACUUGCAGGUCCAGACGGGACCCAUGCUUGAGAUACUGCUCAAGGAUGAGGUGCAGUCCGAGAUCGAGAAGUCGCGCGACUCGAGACUACUGUACGAACUCUUGCAGACCAAACACGACACGGCGCGCGCCGACCCCUCUUUCAGUUUAAUGGGUUUCGCGACGUUUACGCGAAUCGUUUUGCCGAAGAUCUCCGCGUCGUUCAUGUUGUCGAUGGCAGUCAUGGCGUCUUCGGCCGACUCGAACUCCACGAAAGCGAAUCCCCUGUGCUUUUGGGUCGCGAAGUCGAUCGGAAGGUUCACAUCAAUGAUAUCACCGAAUGGUAUGAACGCCGAAGUGAUUAUCUUCUCGUCCACCUCUUCGGACAGUCCGCCGCAGUACAGCACACGCUUGUUGGUGGUCGUGGUCAUCGUGUGGCCAGUGGUUCCCGACGGGUGA